UGGAUGCCCAUGCACGUCAGUACCUUCUCAGAAAACAGUAGUAAUCACGUAGUUGAACUCCAGUCACCUUAGUAGGGUAAAGAGCAACAUGAGUCUGAAAUCAAGGAGGCCGUGGACGACCGUUAUGUUCGGCAUCUUUCUCGGAUUCAUCGCGUCCUCUUGGCUUAUUGUACCUCAGGUUCUGGAAAGCAGAACGAAAAAAUCUCAGGUGUGCUUGUAUUACAGUGACUCUGUUGGUAAAGGUCCUAACACCCUCGGGAACACCGCAGCUGUCACAAACCAGGACAGUCCGCACUUCAGUCAGGAGGGGACUACAGUGAACUGUAGCGGAGAUACGGGGAAGUCCAUAAGCAGACCAAACAGUUUCCUCUAUGUCGGCGUGAUGACAGCGAAAAAAUAUCUGCGGUCUCGCGCCGUGGCUGCGUACAAGACGUGGGUGAGUUCCAUACCCGGGAAGGUAGAGUUCUUCUCCAGCGCUGGAUCUGAAACCGUCCACGUCCCCGUCCCGGUGGUGUCGCUGGCAGGUGUGGACGACUCCUAUCCGCCACAGAAGAAGUCGUUCAUGAUGCUGAAAUACAUCCACGACCACUACCUGGAUAAAUACGAGUGGUUCAUGCGGGCAGAUGAUGAUGUUUAUAUAAGAGGUGAGAAGCUGGAGUUGUUUCUGCGCUCACUAAACAGCAGUAAGCCACUUUACCUUGGCCAGACAGGCUUGGGCAUGGCUGAGGAGUUGGGCAGACUAGCCUUAGAGCCCGGAGAGAACUUCUGCAUGGGAGGACCUGGGAUGAUUUUCAGUCGAGAGGUGCUACGCAGGAUGGUCCCUCACAUCAGUACUUGUCUGAGGGAGAUGUACACCACCCAUGAAGAUGUGGAAGUGGGCCGCUGCGUGCGACGCUUUGGAGGAACACAGUGUGUGUGGUCUUAUGAGAUGCAGCAGCUCUUCUAUGAGAACUAUGAACACAACAAGAAAGGUUUCAUUGAAGAGCUUCAAAGUAGCAAGAUCCUCAAUGCCAUUACACUCCACCCCAACAAGAAGUCUGCCUACCAGUACCGACUCCACAGAUUCAUGCUGUGCCGUGAGAUCUCAAGGCUUCGUUACCGUACCAUCCUGCUCCACCGUGAAGGCCUGAUUAUGAGUUACCUCAGUGAUACAGAAGUACUGUGGGAAGAUCAACAGCUCGGGUCCCCACCAUCCUAUAUGCUCUAUCAGCCAAAUGAGAGAAAUGAUGUCAUUGAGUGGGAUUACCUGACUGGCCGGCAUAUUUACUCCGCUGUUGAGAACAAGAUGGCGCAGCACAGUCUUGGGAACUUGUUUCAGACUGCACUAAAAGACAUUAUACUCCAGGCCAUGGACAUGAUUAAUGAGAAUUCGAAAAUGCGUGGCCGUGUAAUUGACUUUAAAGAGAUACAGUAUGGCUACUACAGGGUGGAUCCAAUGCAUGGCGCAGAAUACAUCUUAGACUUACUGCUUCUGUACAAGAAGCAUAAGGGACGCAAAAUAACAGUGCCUGUGAGGCGGCAUGCUUAUCUUCAACAAUCCUUUAGCCGACCCUUCUUUACUGAAACUGAAGAAUUGGAUGUAGCUGAACUUCUGUCUGCCAUCAACUCUGAAUCCCAAUCCCUGUCUUUCCUAUCCAACUCUUUUCAGUCACAUUUCCUGGUGUAUGAAUCAACCAGGGAAAUGUGGGUGCAAAGCCAGACAAAGGUGAACAUCCUUGUCCCAUUAUUUGGUCGCUAUGACACCUUUGUCCACUUCAUGGAGAACUUUGAGAAAGAAUGUUUGAUACCCAAACAAAAUGUUAAGCUCUCCAUCAUUCUGGUGGACGAUGAGAUCAAUCAGAACAGAGGAAAGCACAUUAAGUUGAUCAAAAACUACUAUAGGAAGUAUCCCAAAGCUGACCUGUCCUUAAUCCCUAUGACAGGCAACUUUUCACGAGGACUGGCUCUGGAGCUGGGCUCCUCACAGCUUGAUAAUGACACUCUACUCUUCUUCUGUGAUGUUGAUCUCAUUUUUAAUGGUGAUGCCUUGCAACGCUGUAGAGACAAUGCUGUCCAAGGGACACAGGUCUAUUUCCCUGUAGUCUUUAGUCAGUACAACCCCAAGAUAGUGCAUUCUGGGAAGACCCCAAGAGAAAAUACAUUUGUGCUCACCAAGAAAAGUGGUUUUUGGCAAGAAUAUGGCUUUGGAAUCACCUGUGUUUUCAAGAGUGAUUUACUAAAAGCCAGAGGUUUUGACACCUCAAUCCUAGGCUGGGGAUUGGAAGAUGUAGACUUGUUCACAAAAGUUAUUAAUUCUGGUUUAAAAGUGUUACGCAGCCAAGAACCAGGAAUUGUCCACAUGUAUCAUCCUGUCCACUGCAACACAAGUCUUGAACAGAAGCAACAUAAAAUGUGCCUAAUGUCAAGAGCUAGUACAUUUGCAUCGACAAUGCAGCUUGCAGAGUUGUGGCUGGAGGAACACAGAACUUCAUCCUAACAUUCCCUACUGGACAAGUAGGUUUACCUCAGUUCUGCUUGAAUGCAAACAGUGACAGAACAGGACAGUGUCUAGGACUACUACACUCAAUCUGUUAGAAGCCUACGUAAAAGUAUCUACUACCUAAUCCAUUUCCAAACCAGCUGGGAAAACCACUGACUAAACACAAACUGCCAGGAAGUUGAUACAUUGGCAUUGUACUGUCACUUCAGCAUUACAGAUUCAUUGAUUUAUUGUUGACUGUGCCAAUGAUACACACAAAGAGCUUUGGGACCUUUAUUGCAUUUCCUUAGGGUGUGGGUUAGGGUUAACUUUAAUUCUGUACCAGUGUCUUUUUUUAAACAUGCAGAAAUGACCAAGGCUACUUUGGGGAGUACCAAGCUUGGUAAUUAAAAAUGACACGUAGAACAAGUUGUACCACCCAAAAUACCUAAAAGUAAAAAAUGUAUAUGAUAGAAAGGAUGUUGAAGAGUAUCCCCAAUGUGCUGCUUUAAUGUGGUGUAGGUUUCAAUAUCCAAAAGAAUAACUGCUUGUAACCCAGUUAACCUGUGAACUGAAUACUGGAUUAUGGAUGGCUGCUGUGCCAUGAGCAGCAUCGUCUGCUACAUUAUGCAAUCUGUAUGUGUUGGGAGAGAGUUGGGUCGCUUUAAUGCGCUAUCUCCCAGUAAUGUUUAACCCUAACCCUUAGAAAUUCUCUCCUGCUGUUCCCGCUAAGUUGAUUUCUGAAGUGCUACUGUACUAUGUUGUUUAACCUGCUGUUCAGUUAUUUCUCCAUUUACACUCUCAGGUGCAGUUUUUUCUCUUCUACCCCAUGAUAGCAAUCAUUUGUUUACCUUAUUUUUAUUAAAACUAAACCAAGGAAAUUCAGUUUACUACCAUGCUGAAUGUGCUUCCCGCCAUUACUGGAAAUGUAACUCUAGAAAUGUUUAUAAGGUGCAUAAAUUAUGGAAGUUGCUUAAAUCUUUGUUGAAUUUAAACAAAUGACUGUCAAGUUGAAAACAUAUAAAUUUGUCAGACACAUCCCUCCCAGUGCUGAGGUUUGAACUGAAGUGUAGAGUGAGAGGAUUUCUGAUGCCGUUUAGUGCACACAGAUCCCAUUAAAGUCACAGGCACAAACACCACAAAGCUUCAUUUUGGCCUCUGAUGUAGCACAUCAUGUUGUCAUAAUGUUAGGUUGACUAAAACUGACGGAACCAUGGUUGACUUGAAUGUUUGUACAUGGCUUAAGAAAGGUCACUUCCUCUGAUGUUACAUUGAGACAGUUGUGGUGCAUAUUCUAUUUGUCCCCUGUGUCAUUCAGUUCUACAGUAUCUUCUGAAGGACAUUGUUGAGCUAGGACGUUUUCUUAGCUAUUACUUAGUUAUCCAUCGACUGAAAUUAAUUCUCAUUAUAUUAGCUUUUUCUUACUGCCAUAGUUAUUAUAAUGUUUAUGCUUCUGUCUGCACCCACUGUCUAUUAUGAAAAGGAAUGAUCUGGUAAAUAAUAGCUGGAACAAACUUGUAAAACAGCUUUGAGUUAAGCAGCCACCUGGACAAAAAAUGUCCUUGAAUUACUUCAUACCAUAUUGUUCAGUUUUACCAGGAAAUCUUUGUUUUUUUUUUUCUUGUGACAAUUAUCAUAAUUAGAAACUCAGUCAGUGUAUCUUUGCUUUCAUCCUAAACAAGAAAGCUGAAUCCUACCCAAUUACAGACAAAAUGAGGGACCUCCGGGAGAACAUGUGCAAGAUGCACCUCCACAGUUGACAAACUAACAUGAUCUCAGCAGCAGAAUUUGGUCCUCUUUGGCCCUGCAUAAACCUGGCAUCAACACACGUCUUAGGUGACCAGAUCACAAAUGGGCAUUCAAGACACAUAGCCAUUCACAACUUUGCCUGGCGUUCAGUUGGCAUACAAAGUUUAUCUGUGGUUAUUAGAUUUGUUGUUCAAGGCAGCAACAUUUAACAUUAGUUGUGAAUGUAUCAGCACAUCUUAUUAAAAUAAAUGAUAGCCUGCUAAGCAUGAUAGCUAUCUUGUAUUUAGCGUUUAGCGUGUAUUUUAGGUUGUUCCUUGGUUAAUUCAAUCAUUACACAUAUAGUUUGUUAGACAGUGCAUCAGUAAAGGUUGAUAAGAUCAGCAGUACAAAUGUGGAUUAUCACAGUAAAAAGAAAGUAAAACUGUAGGCAGAUCAUCUCUAAACAUACUUUUCUGUUGAACUGAUGUAAAACC